AUGCAGGGCGCGGUUAUGAGGCUGCAGCAUUCGAGUGUGCUGCCACGGACGGGUGGAUCUCGUGCCCAGCAGCAGCGGCGCGUCCUCGCCGGCGCGGCACGCACGCAGCGGCCAGGGCACCAGCAGCAGGACGCGGCCGGUCACAGCCAGCAGCAGCGCGCCGCGGCGCUCUCGCUCGCCGCGGCGCCCGCGCUCGCCGCGCUGGCUGCACCGCUGGCGGCGCUCGCAGAGGAAGCGGCCGUGGAGGCGGCCGCGGCGCCCGCCGCAGAAGAGGUCAGCCCUGCUUUCUAUGCGCUGGCAUUCAGCCCCAUAGUCAUCUACGGCCUCUUCACGGUUUUCAGGGCCAAGGUCAAUCCUAAGGCCAACAUUGGCGACCUGCUGUACAUCAUCGGCGCCGUCGCAGUCUUUGGCAACAUCGUGUCCAUCCUCAUCUUCAAGACCCGCUUCUUCUGA